AUGUUCACGCGCUGGAUACCCUCAACUGGGCAGAAUAUCAUUUUGAGCUUCGAGCCCCCGGAUGUGCUUUUGCAGAGAUUGAAAGAUACGGAUAUGGGCAGAAAUCUACAGUCCCCCAAACUCCACGACAUGGUUCGACAGGCCAUGAAUGUCUCAGAAACCCUCUCCGUAGCUAUUACAACGCUGUCCCACAGUCUUUCCGCUCACGAAAAGUUCGUCAGUGAGCGGAGUCUCUUCCUACAGGGAGCAUUCUCCAACAACGCCCAAGGCAGCUCAAGAGUGUCUAAACAAAUCACCAGAAAGAUGAACUUUUAUCAGCACAUGCUGACGAGUUUAAAAUUUCGAGCGGAUGCUAAUAAUGAGAGAUUGAGGAAUGAAACUACACUUGCAUCCAAUAGAGUCGCUCAGUUUGACAGCCGCACCUUGGUGCAAAUUGGCCAAGCUGCCCAAAUCGACGGUGCGAAUAUGAAAGCCAUCGCCUUCCUCACGCUGGAAUUCUUGCCCCCGACUUUUAUAUCUGCGAUGCUUGGCACCACUCUCUUCAAUUAUACUCCUGGUACUGAAGGUAAACUGGGUGCGUGGUCCAUAUCGGAGCACGUUGGGCUAUACUGGGCGACUGCCGUUCCAAUUAGCGCCGCGGCUGUUGCGCUGUGGCUGCACUGGCAUUGGAUGUUUCCACCCGGUAGGACUGGCGAGUGA